AGGCUACAAUACUCAGCAUGUUUUUUCCACCCGCAUUUCGCUUUCCCUAAAUCAUACACGCUGUAUAAAAAGGACGAUGGGUGUUCGUUUAAUACAGAUUAUUGAGAAAGUGCCAGCAGUGUUCGGGACCGAGUGUUGCAGCUUAUAUAUUGUUAACUUUUUACUUGGACAACAACUAACAACUUUCUUCCCGAUCUCUGCUCUUGAAUUGAUUUGCGAAAUGACGCUUCAGUACAUCACUUUGCUGUGUUCCUUUUUUAUAUUUGCACAAGUUUGCUCGAUGCCAACAACCUGUCAUCUGCCGUGGAGGCUCGUUAAAACAAGCUACAAUUUACUUGAGAACAUGGGAGGCAUUUUUCCCCAUGAAUGCUUGGAUGAAAUUAUCCAGAUAACUUUUCCAAAAUCUGCUCUGAUGUCAAAGGGCUCAAAUGAGAAAGCAGUAUAUAAAAUCAUGGAGCACAUCGACUUUCUGUUUGCGAACGACACUUUCCCAGAGUCCUGGGACCAGCAGAAAGCAGAGCAUUUCCUACACAUAGUUUACCGCCUAACUGAGGAGAGCAAAUGUGGAAGGCAUCGGCCUGUAAGAGAGGAUGCUCUGAACACCUAUUUCAAUAAAUUAGCCACUCUUCUUAGAGACAAGGACCACAGUGUCUGCGCUUGGGAGGUGAUUCGAAAGGAGCUAUUGCAUGUUCUUAAAGUCAUCCUUAAGCUUAACUCAUCCAAAGUGUAGUUUUACCAAAAUGUAGUUUAGAUAUUUAUUGAAGUAUUUAUUGAAGUAUUUAUUGAUUAUUUAUUUAUUUAUUUAUUCAUUUUUACCUUGUUAUAAAUAUAUUUAUGUUUUUACAAUAAAAACAAUGUCUUCAAAAGUUUUGCCUUUUGUAAUGAGCUUUAUUGAAUGUGAGGCCUGCAGGGCAUCCUGGGCUUUUUUCAACACUUAUCUCUCCAGGUGCUUUCUUUCUCUAAACUCUGUCUUAUGGCCUUG